UGUACAUACUUUUCAAUACAUACGCCAAGGUGUUGGUAAUUUUUUUCUUUUAAAGAUGCAAAGGUAGAAGAAAGAAUGAUGCCAUUUUGUGCUCGCCCUCCCUUCGUCCUUCCUGCCUACCUUUCCUCCUCCUCUUCCUCUCUCCCUCCCCCGGAACAGCCCCUCUUUUUGAGGCCAAAGAGAUCACAUUGGCUGAGAAUAGGAUUAAAGUCCAGCUCCUAUAAACCUCCAUGCCUAGUGUCUGAGAUUACCGGUAUGUACGGCAGUUACUCUCCAAGUUUAGAGGCGCUGGGAUGGAACCUAAGGCUGUGUACAGUGGGCUGUCCUCCCCCUGCCAGGACUUUUCCUGAGUUUACAGAGAAAAGACAGUUGCUGUGGGCGGCAAUGACGAUGGUGUUAGAUAGGAUGAAAGGGCCAGAGAUCCUCACUUUAAGGUUGGAAGAAUCGGAGGCGCAGGCCCCGUGGGCGUGGCUUCUGGAUCGCUGCCGCUGACGUAGGCAACGUGUUUGUGUCGCACUGUUGUUGCGUCAGAGGAGCUUGGCCGCCAUCUUGAGAGCCGCUGAGAGAGAUCGUUGGGAGCCGCUGCCGUUGUGCCUGCCGUUUCUCCAUGAGGAAAAUGCUGGCCACUGUGCUGUCUCACGUCUUUUCGGGAAUGGUCCAGAAGCCUGCUUUCAGAGGACUGCUGUCAUCUCUCCAGUUCUCCAACGACGCCACCUGUGACAUUAAGAAAUGCGACCUGUACCGGCUGGAAGACGGCCCCCCCACCUCCACCGUGCUUACCAGAGCCGAGGCCCUCAAAUACUACCGGACCAUGCAGGUAAUUCGGCGCAUGGAGUUGAAGGCCGACCAGAUGUAUAAGCAGAAAUUCAUUCGUGGUUUCUGUCACCUGUGUGAUGGGCAGGAAGCCUGCUCCGUGGGGCUGGAGGCAGGGAUAAAUCCCACCGACCACAUCAUCACAUCCUACAGGGCCCAUGGCUUGUGCUACACGCGGGGACUGUCAGUGAAGUCCAUCCUCGCAGAGCUGACUGGACGCAGAGGAGGCUGCGCCAAAGGCAAGGGAGGCUCUAUGCACAUGUACUGCAAGAACUUCUAUGGGGGCAAUGGCAUUGUUGGGGCACAGGUUCCCCUCGGAGCUGGUGUGGCUUUCGCCUGUAAAUACUUGAAGAGCGGUCAGGUCUGCCUGGCUCUGUAUGGUGAUGGUGCGGCUAACCAAGGGCAGGUCUUCGAAACAUACAAUAUGUCUGCCCUGUGGAAAUUACCCUGCGUUUUCAUCUGUGAGAAUAACCUCUAUGGAAUGGGAACAGCUAUUGAGAGAUCAGCAGCCAGUACUGAUUACCACAAGAAAGGCUUUAUCAUCCCUGGACUGAGAGUGAAUGGGAUGGAUAUUCUCAGUGUUCGUGAGGCUACCAAGUUUGCAGCUGAUCACUGCAGAUCCGGAAAGGGGCCCAUUUUGAUGGAGCUGCAGACCUACCGUUAUCAUGGACACAGUAUGAGCGAUCCAGGGGUCAGUUAUCGUUCACGAGAAGAAGUUCAAAGCGUGAGAAGUAAGAGUGAUCCUAUAAUGCUGCUCCGAGAGAGAAUGAUAAGCAACAACCUCAGCAAUGUUGAAGAAUUGAAGGAAAUUGAUGCAGAUGUGAAGAAAGAAGUUGAGGAAGCAGCUCAGUUUGCUACAACUGAUCCAGAACCAGCUUUGGAAGAUCUGGCUAAUUACCUCUACCACCAAAAUCCACCCUUUGAAGUCCGUGGUACAAAUAAGUGGCUCAAAUAUAAGUCCCACGGUUAGAUAGUACCUAUAGAUUUGUUAAAAUUUUUUCAGUGGGACAUUUAUGGUGAACUUUAGGAAACUUUUCAACUUUGUUAAGGAGGAAUAAAUAAAACUGCAUUACAGACAACA